AUUACAACACCAGCAGGUUGCUCCUUCCUGCUCCAGCCUCUUCACCUCAGUACGGACAAUGCCCAUCAUGGAGGUGGUGGUUUUUGCUGUCGUGCUGCUGGUUUUUACAGGAUGCAAUGCACAGUCAGAUGUCUGUGGCACCGCACCGCUCAACACUAAGAUUGUGGGGGGGGAGGCUGCUCCUGCAGGCACGUGGCCCUGGCAGAUCAGCCUGCACGACGGAUCCAGACAUAUCUGUGGAGGCUCUCUGAUCAACAACCAAUGGGUGCUGACUGCAGCUCACUGCAUGAGAUCCAGCACUUUCGGUUAUACCGUGUAUGUCGGAAGGGACACCCAACAACUCUCCAACCCAAACGAGGUGUCCCGGACCCUGUUACAGGUCAUCAGACACUCGGGCUAUGAUCCAAACACAAACGAUAACGACAUCGCCUUGUUGAAGCUGUCUGCACCUGUGACCUUCACAGACUACAUCAAACCCGUGUGCCUGGCCAAAGACGGCAGCACGUACGCUGCCGGGGCAACCUGCUGGGUCACCGGCUGGGGAACCAUCAGGAGUGACGUUUCACUCCCGUCCCCUCAGAGCCUGCAGGAGGUGAGCGUCCCCAUCGUGUCCAACACGCAGUGUAGCGCCUCCUAUGGUGCCCUCAUCACAAACAACAUGAUGUGUGCAGGUCUGGAUGAGGGAGGAAAGGACUCCUGCCAGGGGGACUCUGGCGGCCCCUUGGUGAGGAAAAGCGACUCCAGGUGGGUCCAGGCCGGAGUGGUGAGCUUUGGACAAGGCUGUGCUCUGGCCAACUUCCCAGGAGUGUACACCCGAGUGUCGCAGUACGAGUCCUGGAUCAACACUCAGAUCAACAGCCCCAGCACCCAGCCGGGCUUCGUCACCGUCACCGCGGACAGGUCGUCCUCUGGAAGCACUCGUCUGGUUCCUCUCUCUCUGCUGCUUUCCUGCCUACCCGUCCUCUUCUCUCUCUUUGUGCUCUCAUAGGACGUCUAGAGGUCAUUAAUACGCAUGUAAAGCGUCAUGUAUCGCUGCUUCUCAUUCUUUAAAACAAGCAAAAUAAUCUGCACAUAAAGUGAAAUAUUUUAAUUUCAAGGAAUUUCCCUGAACAUUUUCUGCCUUGGUCCUCAGAAGCAAGUGAGAAUUUCCUUUCUGGUGAUCCAAAGUCUGAUGUGUUUUAAUGUUUUUCCCAAACAUGGGGAAAAAAGUUUGCUUGGUAAAGAAAAUUCCCCCCAAAAAUGUUCAACUAUAUAAAAAAGAUAGUUUUAAAAAGGUGUUUGUUGUAAUGGGUUACUAUUUUCAGCGAUAAUAGGCUGAGAUUGAACAUUAGCCAAUAAUAUAAUUACGAUUAAAAUCAUUCAUGUAUUCUCCCAGGGUAGUUUUAGAGUACAUCAAGACAUUUCACCUGGAAGAAAACAAGAUUCCUUUUAAUCAAAUUGAAACAAUACACACUACAAAAGUCCCCUGCUUAACUUUUUUUUCACCUGAUACACAGAUAUAAAAAAGUGACAUUCCAGAAAGUUGGGCAUGUUCAUUUCUAUUCUCUCCUAUUCUUAAAUCAUAAUUACAGGAGAGAAGACAUUGUAGAUCAGACCUAAAAAAUGGAACACCAGAUUUGUUUUCCUCACUUGCAUCUCAGGGCAACCAAUAUCAAGAUACUGACACUCGUUUAAAAAAAAAACAUAACUUUGCUCAUUCUGUUCUCAAUUAAAGGUAUUUUCUUUAUAACGAGAGGGAUAAGGCCUAUAAUAUCUAAAUAUACUUUUGGCAUAUCCUUUCUUUAUUCUUCCCUUAUAUACAACUUGUAUGCAGCAGUUUUGCACAAAACAUGUAGUUCAGAAGAAUAUAAACAUCUAAAAUGUUAUAACUCGGAUAUGUAGCAUAACGUUAUGUCUGAUGUGUCGUUACUGUUUUUGUUGGGGCUGCAAAUAACGAUUAUUUUCUUUAAAGAUUUGAAUGCAGAUCAUCUUUCUUGAUCAAAAUCGAUUUUGUUUAUAAAAUGUUUUAAAAUUGUGAAGAAAAAAAGAUAUAACUUUUGCACUGACGGUGAAUUGUAGGGUUAACAAACCUCUGUGAUGUGGCAGAGGCAAUACUAAAGACAUGUAUCUGUGUGAUUAUACUAACAUUCAUCUCUUUUAAAUUAAUUACUGUAUCUUAUGACACAUUUUCUAAAAUGUUUUGCACUGAGCAAAUGCAACGGUGAUUUUAUUUAAGCUUUAAAUACAUGAACUACAAAUUAUGUUUACAUAUAUAAACAUUUACAAUACAUCAUUUUAAAAUUAGUCAAAUGUUUAACUUCAUUGAGGUUCCAAAUGACACCAAUAAAUCACAAAUGAAAUGUG